CUGCACAAUCACCCAACGCUAAUUUCUGUUCACGAUUGAAUACCAGCAUUCGUCGAGUCACGUUAUCUUCUCUGGUGAACCAACUUCGUGUUGACGGAUAUUGUUUUCUUCUUUCGCUCCGGUUGCAUCCUCGAAGGUGCACUCGUUUAAACAACUUCUCAGAUUUUAUUAAUUCCAGAUAAAGAGGGCAUUAUUAAUGACAUUAAUAAUUGAAAGAAACAUCAAUGAACGUAUCAAGCGUUAUCUUACUUGGAUUGCUUCAAGCAAAUUAACAGAUUACCUUAUAGAAGGAGCUAUUGUAAUGUAACCACACGAUCUUCUAGUUCUUCAAGGUGUCGGCUAAUGACGACAGUUCGAAAGCGUACACGUGGGAAAAAAGUGAAGCGAUCGUAGAACAAUGUUAUGAAAAAAUUCACGUUUCGUGUCAGGUUCGCUGGUAGCACCUAAAUGCCCCUUUUACCUUCUGGCCGACGAGUAACCAAGCAAAGUUAAGAUCCCCUCCAGAGGAAGAGAGUUCAGGAUGUAGCGUUGGGACCCCCAUAUUGCAUCGCGAAGCUACUCUAUGGUACCCCUCCUCGACGUGUCUUUUAUGCUUAGGGCGACUAGACGCUUAGGCGGAGGAACGUUCGCUAUAAAAGGCCCCGGUACCACGAGGAAUUCGUCAGAAAAGUGACGAACCGUAACAAAAAAAAAAAAGAAAAAAGAAGGCGGCAGCAGUUGCCGUUUUUUCUCGUCUGCCGCUGUGUAAACGACACACAUCUCUGUUGUGAAGAUGCGGUCUAGCCUGCUACUCCUAGGUUGCUUCUUUUUGGUCUCCACCCUUGGAGAUCCAAUCAGGACAAAGAAAGAAGCUCCGUUAAGUCCUCCCCCAAGCCAGUAUGGACCACCAUCGGCCUCUUAUGGAGUCCCAAACGUAGAAAGCUCUUACAACGCGCCGUCUGAUUCUUAUGGCGCCCCACUGCCUUCGUCUUCUUACGGUGCACCAUCCGGAUCUUCCUCUCACGGUGGAUCAUUCGGACCUUCUUCGUCUUACGGUGCUCCAUCGGGACCUUCUUCCUCUCACGGUGCGCCAUCAUCGUCCUACGAUGGCCCGUCUUCCUCUCACGGUGGGCCAUCGUCGUCUUACGGUGCCCCAUCAGGUCCAUCUUCUUCCUACGGUGCCCCAUCGUCGUUUGACCAUGGUAGCUCCUUCGGUGGCGACCAAGGAUACAGCAGUGGUGGGUCCUUCAGUGAUCAUCACAGUGGCGGUGGCCACGGAGGUGAUCAAGGCUCCUUUGGUGGAGACCAUGGAUCCUUUGGAGGAGAUCAUGGAAGUGGUGGAGGAGUAUCUUCCUCUUAUGGACCGCCAUCUCAAUCUUAUGGACCUCCUGUUCAACCACAAGGAAGAUGGGAGAAGAAGCUGACAUGGAAGCCGGAAUGGAAGCAAAUCUGGAAAACAGAACAGAAGUUGACUUGGAAGCAAGAAUGGAAGAAGGUCCAAGUUCCAGUGUGGAAAGAGAUUCAGGUUCCGGCUUGGAAGGAGGUUAAGGUAUCAGCCUGGAAGAAGGUCCAGAAGCCUGUCUGGAAGGAGAUCCAAGUGCCAGCAUGGAAGGAAGUUCAAGUACCUGCAUGGAAGAAGGUCUGGAAGCCGGUGUGGAAGGAAAUACAGGUGCCAAUAUGGAAGGAAGUCCAGGUGCCGGACUGGAAGAAAAUCUGGGUACCUGAAUGGAUCAAGGUCGGUAUUCCUGGUGAACAAUACGUUGGCAAGGAUCAGCAUGGCUGGCAAUACACGAGCCACGAUCUCUGGAAGAAGAAAUUGAUCUGGAAGCCAGUAUGGAAGAAGAUCUGGAGAACGGAGAAGAAGCAGGCUUGGGCCACUGACAAGAAGCUGGAAUGGAAGGCUGAAUGGAAACAGAUCUGGAAGACUGAGAAGAAGCAGGUUUGGGUUUCCGACAAGAAGUUAGUCUGGAAGGAGGAGUCGGUUCAAGUUUGGGUACCAGAGAAAAAGCAAAUUUGGGUCACGCAGAAGAAGCAGGUAUGGAAAGACGAAUGGAAGAGCAAAUGGGUGCCGGUUUGGAAGGACGUACAGGUACCUGCGUGGAAGAAGAUAUGGAAGCCCGUUUGGGAGAAAGUUUGGGUGCCAGCAGAACCCCACCAUGACGAACACCACGGCUACAAGUAAAUUCUUGUCGUGAGACCGUCUUCGAUCUUUCCUCAUCUUGAUGGACGAUAAACCCGUCAUCGUUGUUAAGUUUCCGUUAAUGUGGUCGUGACUCGGAUCAAAGGCCCGCCAGUCGAAAGUCGGCUUCAAAACCGCGCGGCCGCGCCGCGGUGCGUUUAUCGGGCCGUUGUCGCGUCGUGUGCCGGGACUAGAUGUUCGAAUGUUUCAAAUCCAUGGAAAAUAUUGUCGAACAACGUGAAUAAGUUCGAACCAUGGAGAAGAAAAGUUUUCGUUCGUACUGUAUGGAUGAAAUGAAAUGAUUACUUAGCCAGUAGAAAUACUAACUAUUCGUCUACAGACUGUAGACUGUAGACGAUUCCGUUCAUGACACGUAUGUAAUCAUUUUUUUUACUUGUAAAUAACAAUUGUUUAGACAGGUAUAUACAUACAGAUAUUUUUGUACAAUCUUUGUGUAUGUUACGACAAUAAAAUACACCUUUUUUUA